UUUCAGAUCCAAAAAUAACUUGUUCCAUAACCCUGUUUCCAUUCACAUCGUGUUGAUCAUUUCAUAGUUUUUUCAUCAUACAUUCAAAUUUAACCAGCAACUUCUUGGAGCUAAAAGUAUUUCAUUUGCUUUGAUCAUCUUGCUUUCUUCCUGAAAUAUAAAACACACUCUUUAUCUCCUUAACUUGUUUGCAUCUUUACCUAAAAGGUUUUCGAUUGGUGUGAUUUAUGCAGGAGGGAAGUCUAAAGAUCUGUGUUCGCGAGAUUUAUGCAUUUGCACUGAAAUUCACCUAGCGUAUUAACAAAAUUGUCGGACUUAAUUACCAUCCAAUAGGAUAAGUUUGUUGUUGGAUUAAAAAACGGAUUGAUUCUCAGCCCUGGAUAGAAUAAAAAAUAUCUUGUCAGUACAAAUCAGUAUUUUUUUUAUACCAUACUGAGAUAUCAGGAGCAUCAUGAAUUUUCUACGGAGAAGAUUUUCUGACACCAGUGCGACUAUCAUUCCAAAUGGAUAUUUUCAGAACCUAGGAGGUGAGGAUAAUCGGGAAAAAGAGCAACAACUACGAGAAAAGGAAAAGGAACAGCGAGAUAGGGAACAGAAGGCAACCGGAGCUCAACCUGCUGGACCACUCCGGAGGGAUAUUGGGGUGGGGUUCCUGAGUUCUCUGACUGGUCGCUCGGAUAGAGGCAAAGAGAAAGUUUUAUUAGUGAUAGAUGAUCAACAUACCACUUGGGCUAAAUAUUUCCGAGGUAAAAAGAUUCAUGGUGAAUUUGAUAUCCGAGUGGAACAAUGUGAAUUUGCUGAAAUCAAUCUCGCAUCUUGCACUGAAACAGGAACGUCUAUUGACUUCAAAGGAGUUCGACAAGGACAAAAAGUUGUGAGGUCUUUCAAGCCAGACUUUGUACUUAUCAGACAGCACGGUCGCGGGAUGGAAGUACAGGAGGAAUGGCGCAAUCUAAUUAUCGGCUUUCAGUUUGGCAAUGUCGGUAGCGUCAACUCCUGGGAAGGAAUCUACAAUUUCAUGGACAAGCCUUGGGUGUUUGCACAGCUUAUCAAGUUAAGGGACCGACAUGGCGCAGACAAGUUUCCUCUCAUCGAUCAAGCCUUUUACCCAAACCACAAGGAAAUGGUGAGUCCUUUCCUUCUAAAAUUAUAACCCUAUCCCAAAGGGAGGACAGUAUGGAUCAGAUUCAAU